AUGUCUUCGUCCCAGGCCGUCGCGGCGUCGCUCAUGGGGCCUCCGCCUCCCGACGCCGUGCCAGAGAGGUCUAGCUUUGACCGGCUCGAUGACCGUCACCAGCAGCACCCCCAGCACCACCGCGAGCAGUCCCAGCGCCAGACGACGCCCACGCCCGCCUCUACCGCCGCAGAAGAAGCCAGCGCCGCGACGCUGCCAUCGGCGGCGAAUACUAGUGAGACCAAACUCUCGUCUGAAGAUGGUCCCGACCGGCAGCGUUCCCCCCAGUCGGAAUCCCAGAAGCAGGCCGCCGCAUCUACUCUGCUAGCACAGCUUCUCUCCAGUCAGACCACCGCCGCUGCCGCUGCACCGAAUACAGACACAUCAGUUACAGCUACUACUACUACGACAACCACAGAUAAUAAUAGUAAUAAUACUUCGCCCGACCAUCCAGUUGCUGCGGCCAACAGUGACGGUAACGCCUGGUCGAACUCAAGUGAGCAGAAGCAGCCAGAGCAAGACAAGAAGCCUGAAAUUGCUGCGACACAACCAAACGCCACCGAUGCGAGCGCAGUGAACGACUUCCAUGGACUGCCUAAGAUGGGGGACCUAUCUGCAUCAGAUGCGCUACCAGCCAUAGACAUGCAGGCCGACCCGUCUAUGCUCGGAUCACUGGACAAUGUCGAUCUCAAGGUCUCAGAUCUCAACGCUCACAACUUCUCGGAUUUCUCUGCCCUGGCGACCACGCCUGUAAAUCCUCGAGAUGCAAUUGAUCAAAACGCAUUGCUUACCAGCGGUGCUGCAUAUUAUGAUGACUCGCCGACCAUGAACGGAGGUGGACCAACGCCACGCAUUGUAGGAUACCCGGAUUUUUCCAAUUCAACAGACGUCAAGGGCCGCGAGGGCUCUGAAUCAGUUGCUGGAUCGGAGCCCAGGAUUCAAGCGUUUGCGAAACUCGAGUUUGACGAUGGCCAUUUCUACGUUAAUACCUAUUCUUUCAUCCUGGGACGUGAUGUCCGAGCUGCUCGCGCCGCUUUUCAGAGAGAGUAUCAGGCCAAGCAGAACAACAAGGCCCAUAGUUCCAGUGGACACAAGACCCGCACGCCCAGUAGAGUCAAGAGAGAAGGCAGUGCGUACAUGGGAAGUGUCAUCAGCGACAAGGGCGGAAUCAUGGGCUUUGACCCUGACAUUCCCCAGAAUGGCCCGCCACAGAUGAGCUGGAAAUCAUCCAAUUCUUCGGCCGAUCAGGUUGCCCGGCCGUUACUGCAUAUAUCUCAGGGAGAAUCGCAGGAAAACUCCGAACCGCGGGAGAUGACUGACUAUAACGCUUUAGCUAUGCAAUCGCUGCAGAGAGGCCACCAUGAACCCAAGAGAGUCGAUACUCUUUCAUUGCUUCCUUCACCAGAGGCAUGUCCGACCAUCCCCAUACACCCACCCAUGCCUGCCCAUGGCGGUUCUUCGCAUAGGGCAAUUUCAAGGAAACACGUCAAAAUCGCAUACAACUUCCAUAAAAACGUCUUCGAGAUGGAAGUCAUUGGUCGCAACGGUGCUUUUAUGGGUGCCGAUUGGCUGGCUCCUGGCCAAGUCAGACCUCUUCACAGCGGAGAUUUCAUACAGAUAGGUGGUGUCCGAGUCCGAUUUUUGCUACCAGACGUGCCUAUUGGAGACACCGGUGCAGAUGCCGCGCCUUCUUCGCCUCCGGAGAUGGGCCAGGGCUUACCUGACCAACCUGAUAACGAGGAGCCUGAAGCGUCUGUCGAACGACCUACUGUAGAGAAAGAAUCGGAGCGAAGCGAGGCUGAUGAACCGGUUAAGGCGAAAGGAAAGACUCAACAACAACAACGACCUGACCCCAAAGCAACUGUCGCAGAACCUGGUCAAGCUAAACGCCGCGGACCCGGCAGACCACCCAAGGACGGUAUUAUGUCCAAACGUGAAAGAGCAGAGAUCGCACGCGAACAGAAACUGGCCGCUAAACGUGAAGCUAAUGGCGCCGCCGCUGCCACAGCUAUUUCCCCUCCGCCAGCUGGUACAACGGCCGGUAAGAAGCCUGCCAAAGCCGCCAAAGAACCUGCCUCUGCUUCUGCUACCGCUCCUCCUGCUGCUGCUUCCGCAAUUAGCCCCGAGGACCCAUCUACGGCUCCUGUUAAGGUGGAGAAACGAAAGUACACCAAGAGGAAGAAGCCUGACUCUACCCCUGGAGAAACAGUAAUGCAGUCCAUCGAAGGAGGAGGCGCAGGUAUAGCAGCCAACAUGGAAAUACAACAGCACACCGAACCCAUUCGUCCUCCUGCACCGAAGAAACGAAAACCCUCCAAGUCUCCAUCUCCCGACUAUCCGCCAGAGAGCUUCUAUACCCCCAAGGAACUCGCCAAACCACCGUAUAACUAUGCGGUGCUCAUCUUCGAUGCAUUAUCAGAAUCUCCUACUCCCAUGACAUUAAAACAGAUAUACCGUGCUCUCAAGCUCAAAUACCCCUAUUUCCGCUUCAAGUGUGAGACCGAAGGUUGGACGUCAAGUGUACGACACAACCUCAACGGUAACACGCAUUUGUUCAUGCAUGCGGAACGGGACGGCAAAGGAUGGUCAUGGAAACUAAUACCCGGCGCUUCGGUGGACAAGGAGAAGAAACGGCGUCCGUCGCCUCCACCAGUCCAAGACGUAUCUAGCAACAGCCAGCAACGCUUCCUUCCACCAAACACACCUGGAGCUCCUUAUAAUGCUCCUCCAGGCCAAUUCAACAACAACCGUCGUCAAUAUCCUCCGUACCAACAACCUCCGCCAAAUGCUCAGUUCCCACCACACCAACAGCAGCAACAGCAACAACAGGCUCCCCUACAAGCGCCGUCCGCUACACAACCCUCCCAGCCUGUGGCAGCGGCUAAACCUCCUCCACUUCCGCCUCCGCCUCAGCCUCCAGCAGCUGUAGCAGUUCCCCCAGCACAUCCUCCUACCCCUAAUCUACCUCCACAACUACUCAAAAGUCUCCCACCCGCUCUUUCUGUCGUGAAUCUUACUCCAUAUCGUUCUCCUUAUAUCCUUGCUUCUCCAUUUCCUCCGCCACAGCAACGGCCACCUCACCAACAGCCUAUACAGCCGCAUCCACCACCCCCAACUCAUCCGCCUAUUCAUCAUCAGCAGCAGCAGCCUAGGUCGCUGCCGCCGCAGAUGCAGCAACCACAUCACUCUCAACCCCCUCCACAGCAACAGCAACCUCCUCCAAACCAGUAUAGGUUUCACAACCAAAUACUCCCCCCUAAUCAUGGUCAACCCCAUCGUCCUCCACAACAGCCGCAGCCUCCGCCACCACCACAGCAUGCUCAGGCACCACCGCCUCCGCCGCUGCAUAAUACCCCUGUUACUUCAGCCCCAGCAUCUCAGCCCAGUCAUCCACCGCCUACAACGGCUCCAGCUUCCACUCAGCCAAAUGCCUCUGUGCCAGCUCCAGUUCCUACUCCUGCUCAGACUCCGGUGCAGAAACCAGGCGGCAUGGACCCUGCUUUCCUAGCUCGAGCCAACCAGGCAAUUGAUAAUUUCGAGGCAGUCCUUAUAGAGGACUAUGAGGAUAAAGAUUACAUCCGCAACGUCCUACGGAGUGCGCGCGACAGGGUUCUCCAUAACGCAAAGGAAAGCUCGUUCCCAGGCGGUGAGACGAAGGAUGAAACUGUUAUUAUUGAUGCUCUGAGAGGUAUAAUUGGUAGUCUCGGACAAGAUCAUUGA